AUGCGUUUGUAGUAAAAAUGCCUAAAUAAUGCCAGUUCGCAUAAGAGCUUUGCUAUCGCUGAGAGCGCUUUUCACAAUUUUCCAUAGACGACAAAUCAAUGUCGGAAUACUGACCAAUAAGUUUUAGCUGUUGCCAUCGCCGGAUAACCUUGAGUGAUUUCGACAUUCAGAUAUUAAUUAAUUGAACUGGAAAUUUUAAUAAAACCUUAAGACAUCCGCUGUAUCAGAGGGAAGCUUUUGCUUUGUUAUCACCCAGCCGGCUUGGUCAUCAGUGAUAAGGCCACGACAAAACCGUACCGUCAUCUUUUUCGGCUGACACGUUAUACGUAACAUGGAUGACAUAGUGCCCGAUGUUCUGGAUGCGGUUCCCGCUGAGACCAUUAAGGUCACCUAUGGCGAUGGCCUUCAGGUAAAGCAGGGCAACGAGCUGACCCCCACCCAAGUGAAAGAUCAACCGAUUGUCGACUGGUCUGGUCUGGAGGGCAAGUCCAACCUAGUCACCCUACUUAUGGUGGAUCCCGAUGCUCCGACUCGUCAGGAUCCCAAGUUCCGUGAGAUCUUGCACUGGGCUGUCGUAAACAUCCCCGGCAGCAAUGUCGAUCCAUCGGGAGGUUAUCCCCUAGCAGCCUACGUUGGUUCCGGACCGCCGGAGGGAACUGGCCUACAUCGCUACAUCUUCUUGCUCUACCGUCAGGAGAACAAAAUUGAGGAGACGCCCUCCAUAUCCAACACCACUCGUGCUGGUCGUUUGAACUUCAACGCCCGGGAAUUUGCCGCCAAGCACGGAUUGGGGGAACCCAUCGCCGCCAAUUAUUACCAGGCCCAGUACGAUGACUAUGUGCCCAUCCGAAAUAAGGCUUUUGGAUAGAUUUCUGUAUAUAUCAUGCCGUGUCUGCUAUUCCCAAUCAAUAAAGUCUACCCACUCGCUUA